AUGAAAACGGUUGGGGGACAAAAACAACUAACAGAAAUCGAAGAAGAAAAUCUUGUAAAUGUUCUGGUAGCUGUCAGUGACUAUGGUUCUCCAAUGACCAAGUUAGACCUGAAAAUGCUUGUUUUUAAUUAUUUGGAAAAAAAUUCACGCAGUCAUAUUUUUAAUGGAAAAAUGCCCGGAAACACUUGGGUAGAAAAUUUUUUAAAUAGACAUUCAUCAAAAUUAUCAGUUCGAACUACACAAAAUAUAAAAAAGGUCCGGGCCGAGAAAGGUCUGCUAGAAAUGCAAAAUUUCUUCGAUAAUUUACAAGCGACGCUGAAGGAUAUUCCACCUAGUAACAUCCUUAACUACGAUGAGACUAAUUUGUCUGAUAACCCGAGUAAUUUAAAAUGCAUUUUUAGAAGGGGCAUAAAAUAUCCCGAAAGAAUUUUAAACAGUUCUAAGAGUUGUGUUUCGAUUAUGUUUACGGUGUCUGCAGCUGGUGACUGUCUUCCAACAUAUGUAGUAUAUAAAGCUACAAAUCUAUAUUCCGAAUGGGUUGACGGAGGUCCUGAUGGAACUCGUUACAAUUGCACGAAAUCGGGUUGGUUUGACUCUGCCUGUUUUGAGGAUUAUUUUAGAACAAUUAUACUAAAGUGGGCAAAGAAUCUUUCAGGACCAAAAGUCAUAAUAGGUGACAAUUUUCUAGUCACCUAA